AUGACAAUCAUGGACUCCGCGAAAUGGCCCGAACUGAGCGAAUGGGACGCAGAAAUCAAACGGGUAGCUCCUCGAUUUUGCACAUCAAACCCUUCUCGAGUAUACAGAGCUAACCAAUUCAAGAGCAUCGAUGCCCGCCCACAGAUGGCGCCGGAUCUCCAAGUGAGCCAGAUACCACGCAUGCGGAAGCUGCGCGAUGCGGUUAGGAAACCGGACAUCCUAUCUCGAUUGGACUUCUGCGGCGUCGUCGAGUCGACCGUUGAUAUCCCUUCCCGAGACGGACAUUCCCUCCCUGCAGUGAUAUAUAAGCCAUUUGCGCUCUCCGAAGCUGCCGGUCCCCUUGCGAUACUCUUCCACGGCGGGGCUUUCAUUUCAGGCUUCCCGGAGAUGGAAGCCGGCGCGGCCAUUGCUCUUGUCAAGGAACAUGGGGUUACGGUGGUCUGUCCGAGGUACCGCUUGGCUCCCGAGCACCUCUUCCCCACGGCCAUCAACGACUGCUGGGAUGCGUUGCAAUGGGUACGUAUAAUGAUGAUGAUGAUGAUGAAAAUUCGAGCGGAAGCAUGGCUAAUCUCACACAAGUGCGCUUCCCAUGCCUCGAAGCUGGGCGCAGACGCAUCCAAGGGCUUCCUGGUAGGCGGCUCGAGUGCAGGCGGCAACAUCGCCGCCUGCCUGCAACACCUGGCGCGCGACGAGAAUCUCCGCCCGCCCGUGACGGCGGCCUGGCUGGCCUACCCGGGCACCGUGGAUCCCGACGUGAUUCCGGAAAAGUACAAGCACGAAUGCACCUCGUUCAAGCAAAACGCCGAAGUCCCAUCUUUUAACAAAAACGUCUACGAUUUCAUGAAACGUAAACGCAGUGUCCCUCCCUCUCUCUCUCAUGACACCACCAGGAGAGCUUCUUUGGCAAAUCAGUAGCGCUGAUGACUUUCCCUGUAGGAGCGUAUCAACCCGAUCCCUCUUCCGAAUUGUGGUCCCCGCUGCUCUGGGCUUCCGGACACGCCGGCCUGGCGAGAACGUACGUGCAAGUCUGUGGUCUCGACCCGAUGCGUGAUGACGGACUCCUGUACGAGCGCGAACUGCGGCGGCAAGGCGUCGAGACGAGAGUAGACGCCUACGCCGGCUGCCCUCACGGGCACGACGUCAUGUGGCCAGAAACCGCAAAAGCCCGCCAAUUUCGUGAAGACCGAUCGAGGAACUUCAAAUGGCUACUUGGGAAGGAGGAGUAG